UAAUAGAGAAAAUCAAGAUUAAUGAAUUUACCAUAUAUGGUUCCUUGCCCUUAAGUGGUUAACAGCUAAUGCAAUCUAUCCACACACGGUCCCUUUCCCCGUGCGGGGUUAAAUGUGUUAACUGAGUAGACACCCACUGGUGGUGGGACGUUGAAGCUCGCUGUGACUCGUGUGCGCUUGCGUGGCGGCCGUUCGCGCGUUUCAGCGUUGGCCGAUUGAAGAAAAAAAGAAAGAAGAAGAAAGUAAAAAAAAAUAUAUAGUAUCAUGUAAUGUCUUUGUGCGAAAUUUGACGACGCGCUAUUUUGAAGACCACAUGCACCAAGUGGCUGUAAAGUCAUGGCACCGGGUCAGGUCACACAGUUGGAGAGUGUCAUCAAUGAGGUGUUAAAGAGUGGGGAUGUUCAAGCACUGGAGGCAUUUUUGCAAAGGGAUACAUAUGAAGAGCCCUCCAUGAAAUGUUCCCAACAGUUUCUCACUACGUUUGACAAACUUGUCAGAGAGAGUUUGGAUCAAUAUGAUCCCAGAUCUGCCAGUUUGGCUCUUGCUAGCCUCCACAAGUAUGGGAAAAACCUGAAACUACCUGAUGAUGGUCAAGGACUCUCAGGGCUAAUAGCUCAAGGCCUGAUCCAAAAGAUGGCGCAGUGGUUUGAAAAAUGCCGGCAACUAUGGAUCCAUUGUGGCCCUCAGUGGGAUGAAACCUUGUUCACCCUCUCCGAGGACUUCUUAAAUGCCUUAAUGACGGUCCAUGAAGCAUGCAGAGAGGGAACAUACAAAAUCACAGAGUCUUUCCUGUAUCCUGUUGGCCACUUGGCUGUAGACCCCAGAAUUGACAUCCAGAUUAAAAAAGAGGCAAUCCGUAAAUUUAAUUUAAUUCUGGACAAAAUGCCAGUGGAGCUGAAGAGAGACAAGGAGAUCUUAACCUCACAGCAGGCAUCGGAUAUCAUGCUCAAAUUGGCUGGUCAAAUAAUGGAGGGUGGUGAUUAUGACUUUCAGUCAUCCCUCAUGGAGGCAUUGUGCAGAAUGGCUACUCCUACCCAGAGGAAACAACAAGCAGAUCGAUGGUUUAGCAUGGGGCAUGUGGCCAGUGCAUUUACCAAGAUCCGUGAUUCAGAGUUUGAGACGGCUUGUCGCAAGUUUCUGAACAUGGUGAAUGGGAUGCAGGGAGACAAGAGAAGAGUGUAUUCUUACCCUAGUUUGGAAGUUUAUCUGGACAAGUAUGAGCUGCUGAUGCCCCUGGAUGAGAAGCUUGAGGAAUUCUGGAUUGACUUCAACCUUGGCAGCCGCAGCAUCUCAUUUUACUUUUCCUUGACUGCUGAAGGGGGGCAGGAGAGCCACUGGGAGACAAUAUGCAUCAAUGAGACUGAAGUCCAAAGCUACACUGUUGCAGAAAAGGGAAAGACCAAAGUCUUGGAGAUAAAGAUGUCAGAGGUUGUGGUUGUUGGUGCAGUGGAAGGAUCCAGUCUUACCAUCCAUUUCAGCUCCUCCCUGGACGUCUUGCAGGCUGCUCAAAACGUCUACGGACACAACAAAAACAAAGACACGUCUGUAGUUCAAACUACAAGGGAACAGAACAGCAUCCAGUUUGUUCCAGAGAGCCAAGUGUCCCUUGGUGAAAGUGAGAAAAACACUGCCCCCUACAUUUUACCUGCUCAGGAUACACCUGUACAGCUGGUGACGCCAGCCAAAAGGAGGUUUUCAGAGUCCAUCACCGUCAUUACCGUCAAUGAAGGAAGUGUGCGUGGUGGCAGUUCCCUCUCUUCUGUUUUGCCAUUAACAAAGAGUAAAAACAGGCCAUCUCUGGAGAUGGUUCGUUCACAUGACACAACCGCCAGGACCUGCAGUCAUAGCACAACACCUGGAAGCACAAAUACAGCUGCCACGAAUGAGCAGAGCAAAGCAUCCAAACAGGCUGCCAAGAAUAUGGUUGACAAAUACAAAAAGAAUAUACCACUGGCAAAGGCAGUAGAUAUGGUCCUUUCCGGACAGGGAAAUGAAGAUUCACAAGAUCCUAGUUUUGUGCCAGACACCCAACCCACAACUGGGAGAAGCAUGUCUUCUACCUGGAGUAAAAUGUCAGUUUCUGAAAUUCUGAUGAUGCCCACUCAGAAAAUGAGUCUGCAAAGACCUGAGCCUCGUUUAAGUUCGGCAGGACAGCAGGAGUGCCAGUCAUCCUCAACACAGAAAAUUUCAGUUUCAGACUCAAGCCUAGUCCACCAAAAGCUACUCCAUAAUGAACUUACCCAGCGCCUGCAGCAGGUCCUCCGUGAGAGGAAUCAAGAUCCUGCACACAAGGAGCCAGCUGCACCCAAGAGAAAAAUGUCAAAUGUCAGGGGCAACUCUAAAGACAUAGAGCAGGUUUCCUCAUUGCAUACUCCCAAAGUGCAGCAGGCCCAGAGAACAAGCCGUGGCAAAGGGAAGAGCAAAAACCAGACGUCAGAGUUUGUUCCAGUCACAGCUUCAGCCAGCGAUGAAACUCUCCAGAAGGGAAUGCCAACCAAGGCUAAGGAUGAAACUAAGCGUGUCACUUCAAACAAAGAAAAGGGAGAUGCAGAGGUUGCAGGCAACAUGGUGAAGCUCAUCUCUAGCCGUUAUAAGGUUAACACCCAAUCCACAGUAAAAGGCACAGCAGAAAAUAUCAAUCAGAGCUGGAUUCCUCCUCUUUUUAAGAGUAGACCAAGCUUCAAUAUGAGCUGGUUUUCAACAAGUAAAAACGAACUAUCUGGAACUGUAAGUCUAACAAAAUCCCACAGCAAAACCACAACAAACUCUGUCAACCAGAGGUCGGAUGUUUUUUCCUUCAGCAUUGAUACACCAUCGAGUAUAGGGGUGGGUGGCACAUUCUUACCUAACACCUCUGCCACAUCGCACAGUGACAUCAACAACUCCUCAGUAGCCAAGCAAAAACCACCUGUGGAAAAAAAUAAGCGGUACGUGAAAGCACGUCUGUUCAGUGACACAGACACAGACAGAGACAUGACAGAGAUCAGCUGGCUGAGAGAGUCAGCUAGGAAGCCCAAACCCCAAGUUACCAAAUAUUCCAGACAGGAACCCAACAAAUGUAGCACUGUACCACCUCUUACUUCAUGUGAAUCACCAGAUAUACUGCCGUUCUCACUGCAACCAUUAAAGGGAAAUGCCAAACCCAAAAAAUCCAAUAUGAAGAAUGAACUGUAUCAGCCGAAGACAGAGAAGCAGCCGGCAGCAACACCCAGUAAAGCACAUGCAGCAAGCAAGAGGCCCAAAAGAGCUGCAGCCACCUCUACCAAAAACUACAGGGAGCCAGAUACUGAUGACAACCUAUCUGAACCCGAGAAGCCACCUGCUCCUAAGCAUUCCUUCACUGAUCAGAAGGAGAUUACAAAACAAACUCAUGAAGCUUCUGAGAAGAAGAAGACUGCUAGCAGGCAAACGACGAGAAGAAGUACGAAGUCACAGUCUCUCUCGGAGAAGCGUCCCACUUCCAAGUUAGAGAAGAACUUUGUAGGCCAACAGCAGGAGAAGAGUGAGGAGAUCUGUUCUGAGGUUUCAGAGGUAAAGAAGAGAAAAAACAGCUUCAAUGAGCAAUCCACACAUGGCUACAGUAGACAAGAGAGCAACAAGUCAGAUCUGAAAAAGCCAUCUGGUCUCAAGCUGAGGCCUGAGAAUCUUCCUCGAGGAAGUUCGAAGUUCAAUAAGAAAAAUGCCAUCACUGCCCAAAAACAGAUGAGUCCUUUAAAGGAUUCCUGGGCUGCACGCCAGGCCUCUUUCUGUCCAUCCCCUCCGGCUCCUUUCAUCGAGAAGAUGAGAUCUGCCGAGAGGUCAGCCCCAACCUUGGAUUUGACCUUCUCCCCUCUCCUUACCCCGCGGGGAUCCCCAGCCUCUGCCUCCCCUAACCCUCCCUGCCAGGACACCCCGUCUCCAGUCCUGCUGCUACCCAAACCUCGCUCUACAGUCAGCAGCAAAGGGAACCGCAAGCCCUCCCUGCUCUACGGCGCCGAGAAGAAUCGCAGCUCUUACAAGACGCAGUCCGUCAAGUCUGUCCCAUCUCUGCCUUCACUGGGAGGUCGCUCCCCUGCGCUCAGUCCUGCCAGGGAACUGAAUGCUGCUGAGAUUGGUACAACGCAGCAGCACCUGUCCUCCACACCUCAAUCUCCCUUGUCUCUGUCCACUCGUCCCUUGUUGACGUCCACACUUCUAGAGCUGGACAAGCCAACGAUGCCCUCUCCUCCUCCGUCUCCAUUCCCCGAAGACGCUAUUGGUCAUAGCUGCCACUAUGGCUUCAGUAAAGUAUCUUCAGUAUCUCGGGUUUCAUUGAGCCAGUCAUCUACUCGGUCUUCAGUAAUAACUGGCGGAGUUAAGAGCAGUCCCACUAUCGUCCUGGCUGUGUCCGUGAAAACAGAGAAAACACCACUCUCAGACCGAGACAGAGAUCUUCAUGUCUCAGGACCCAUUCGCAAGCGCCACAUGACUCUGUCUAGUGAUUCUGAGGAAGAUGAAAAGGAAGAGAGGAAGAAAAGCAAGAUGAGAGGGCAGCGUUCUUCUCGGAUGAAGCCAAGGAAAUUGUUCAAGUCCUCAGCUAGACCUCAUGUUGAGUCCCGUAGCUGUGGAGAGAAAAGCAGUUUAGAGGAAGAAAACAACAAGGAAGUCAGACGAAAGGAUAGAACCUUUAAAGUUACAGAGGAAAGAAUAUCAGAGGAAUAUAGGAAGACAAUCAAUAACACUGUAAGGAAGACAGCUCAUGGCACAGUCGCCGAGCUGUCAUCUGUGGAUGAGAUGAGCCAGGUGAUGUCUUCUUCUCACAUGAGCUCCAGUCACUGGGAGGCUGAAGUUGUGGAUGGAGACAUGGACAUGGAUGAGGAUUCAGAGUUCCCAGAAACCGCUGUCAACCCAAGUAACCUGUGUCAGCAGUUGAGCUCUGAGCUAAAUAAGAAGUUCCAGAACCGUUGCAAGAUGAUGGAGAUUUACAACAAGCAAUCAAUGAAAGCUGUCCAGCAACACAUCUCCUCCAUCAAUACACAAGUUACUAAACACAGGACUCAGAGACUUGAACAGGUUCAGAAGGUUCUGCUGGAAGAAAUCCAUAAAUUGGAACAGGGUGACACAGUCCUGAACAACAUGGAGAAAGACCUGACUAUGUACUGGAAAAAGCAGACUAUGGCUUUCCAUUCUUACCACAAGCAGGAAACCAGCAGAAACGAGACCCUGAAGAGAGCCCUCCACAGCAACGUGUGUCACAGCGUGGAGUACGAGGAGAGAAUAUUCACAUCCCAGAUGUGCUUGAUAAGAAAAGACAUGAAGUCAGUUCAGGACAGGCUCCUCGGCGAGAUGCUAGACGGCGAGAUCAAGAGUGUGAAGAGAGGGCUGCAUGCUCUGUUUUUCCCCUGAUGGAGACGGGUCUUGAGUGGAGCGAGCCCUGCCAAGAGUUUGAACACGUCAAACCAGGUUGUGUAUUUCACCGUGCGAUACACUGUUGCCCUGUGUUGUUCGUCUGUGUUGAUUUUAUGCGUUUGAAUUCAGUGUUCAUUUUUCCAGGGUUCUGUUUUUUAUUGUGGAUGUGUUUGGGUUAUUCUGACCUGGAUGUGUUCUUAAAUGUUGGAUUUC